UCGAUCUUCUUUAUGCCCUGUACUCUACCUCAAUAUACACUCUGCUUGGUGACUUUAAUAUAGCCUACUGCCAAUUUUUUCUGGACUGUAGUAGAAUUUCUGUCUGUCAAACAUGCUACGUACUACGUACCUAACACAACUUUCUUCACUUUGCCAUGAAUCUGCUCCAGGUACGUCAAGGGUCGCCAUCUUGUAACGCUCAACAAACACACCUGUUCAAAUGGAAAUCAACGAAGUAGAUUCGUCAGUGUCCGGAAAACUACUGACGAUGUUGCAGAUGGCAGAUAAUCCAGAAUCUUGGGUCUGAUGCAAGCUGGAUUUAUCCAUGGCCAUGAUACCAACAUCUGUCGUGACUUCACAGUAAGCUAGCUGAACACGAGAGAGCGUGGAGUGUGAAUAUUCCUUCGUCGUCUACGAAGAAGAGUGUUCCUAAACCUCACUUAGGGAGUAAACAUGGGAGAGACGGGGAGCAAGGUGGUCCUGAAGGAGACAUCUGUGGACGGAGUCCAGCCCCAGCCAACGCCAGCACUUGCCUUAGACGGUUUAACCAAAACCAGCAAGAUGAAGGUGAAAUGGACCCAACUGGGCCUGGUCUUUUUCUUGCUGCUGUCCAUCAUCAUGACUGGUUGCUUCAUUUGGCAGUACCAGCUGCCCAAAUUAGUGACAGAUGAAAAUGCCGGGGAAAGAUCCAAAUCUGUGAGAAUGUGCCCUCGCUUCCCAGAGCCCACACCUCUGGAACACCCCAUCCCCACUUUGAAGGAGGCACUUGAGAAAGUUGACGCACUGCUGCGCAAUAACAUCAACCCCAUCAGUCUGCCCUCAUUAUCGGCUAUUGUUACUUACAAUGACACAGUGCUGUGGACAGGGAACUUCGGCAAGAGAAAUGGUAGUGAUCCCAACUCUGCACCACCAAAUGAAUACACCAUUUACAGGAUUGCCAGUGUAUCCAAGAUUUUUCCCACUCUGAUGCUGUAUCGAUUGUGGGAAGAUGGCAAGGUGGGCUCCUUGGAUGACCCCCUGGAGAAGUAUGUGGACAACUUCACCAUUAAAAACCCCCUGGGAAAAAGCAGAGACUCUGAGCUGAAAUACGUCACUGAUGGGCUGAUCUUCCUUGACAGUGGUGAGGUUCAAAUCAGAUCAUCCUCGGUAACAUUAAGGAGAAUGGCCAGCCAGCUUUCUGGUCUACCCCGAAGACUCCGUGGAACUAACUUGCUGUGGAAAGGGAAGACCAAGGCUGCAAUCAACCUCCUGCAAGAUGAUGUGCUUGUCGCAGAUCCAGGGACCAAAUGUCACUACAGCAAUUUGGCCUUCUCUUUGCUCGCCCAUGUCCUCUCUGAGAGAGUUGUGGGUAUCAAUUAUCAGCGAUGGGUCACGGAUAACAUUCUGGGCAGGUUGGGAAUGGAGGACACAGGGUUUGACAUCAGCCCUGGUAUCCAAAAUCAAAUGGCUGUCGGUGUGUACGCCAGUGGCCAAAUGGCACCUCUUUAUGACUUGGGGUGGUACCGCCCCUCUGGCCAGAUGUAUUCGACGGCUGCUGACAUGGCUAAAUUAUCUAUGAUGUUGCUGGGAGCCUAUCACCGCAAGCUAUUGGAGCCUGACACCUUAAAAAUUAUGCUAACCCCUCUGUUCCGCUGCAACAAAGACUACUUCGCAAAUCGUACUGGAACGCCAUGGGAAGUGAAUGAACAGAUGGGAUAUGAGGUGCUACGCAAGGAUGGUGAUCUAGAUGGCUAUUCCGCUACAUUCUCUCUGGUGCCUCGGCUUAAGCUAGGCUUGGUGGUGCUAAUGGCGGGCACACGGCCGCAGAACCAGGAUAUAGUGUCAAAGGCCUACUCGUAUAUCAUUCCCGCCAUGGAGAGGGCCUUCAGGGAGGCCAAGCGGUUUCUUAUUCCUCCCCCCAAUCCUGCCCCCUACGUGGGCUUUUACACUUACGGCAACAUCACGUUUUACGAGAUUAAAGCGGGGCCAGAUGGUGUCUUGAUCAUGCAGCAGUUUGGACCCCAAAUUGAGGAUCUCAUCCCUGAGCGGUACCGGACCAUAAAAUUGAAUUACUUAGUGGACCGAGUCUUCAGGGUUGUGUUCGAGAAAGAAUAUCCCUGCGUGCUGCGUGUCAACACCGCAUCCGUGUCCCUGGAAGCACAAGAUGGGCAGCUUUUUAACUUUUAUGUUUUUGAUAAGAAGGGUGUGUCUCCCGGAUUCGACGCUCCAGGGCUCAACACAUAUAAUGUGAUUCGAAUAUCCCGCAGACCCACGUUCUCUAACUAAGGAUGAAACUUUUUCCCGAAAAACUGUGAUCUGAGACAUUGGGGCUUUAUAUACGCGUGAUUGGGUCAAAUGAUAACAGAGGAUAGUUACCACUGUCAUUGUUUUUCUUGUAAUAGCUUGUUUAACCUAUGAGGAAAUUUCAGCAUAACCUAUUUUUGCACAUAUGAUCAUGUCCUUGUACAUAAAGAUGUCCUUAUAUUUUCAUGUUCUUCCUUAUUAUAUAACUUGCCAUUGUACAGUACCUAUCAAAAGUUUGGAAACAUUACCAUUUUUUCAAACUUCUUUCAAAACCUUUAAAAAAAAAAGUGUAAUGUGUCCAAACUUUUGACAGGUAUAUAAAAACCUUUUGUACAGUUAGCUUUGUACAUAAAUUAUUAAUGCUAUUUUCUGGAUCUAACAUUAUAAAUCAUCUACUUACAAGCAAAAUAACAUAUAUAAACAAUAGGCUCUUUUGGGGACCUUGCUAAAUUGGUCUCACUAAAUCACUGUCACAUAUUAAUUUUCCAUGCAAUUGCAACUGAAUAUGCAGAAAUAAAUUCAGUUUCCAAUGCUUAAAUAGUCUUUUAUGCAAAAUAAGCCUUGUCCCGUUCUAUGCAGGGAUAUUAAUGCAUAGAUUAGUAAAUCAUCAAAAGGUGAUGAUUGAGCGUGAUGAGGUGAUGAUUGAAAAAAUUAUUGAGCAUGACAGUCAUUCUGUGGUAAAGCCAACAUUUUCACAAUCAUUAUAAAUUCUUAUAAUGCUCUAACUUUUAGACUUUGUACUUAUUAUAAUAAUACUAUAUGCACAUUAUAUUCACUUUAUGAGAGAUAAGAAUGGAAUUAUGAGAAGGCAAAUGAGUUUGUUUUUGUCAAUUUUUUUGCUUGAUCUAUAGUUUAUACAGUGGCAAUUGAAUACAAUUUAUUUACAAACACAAAACAAGAAAAAAUCUGAUUAAUACAUAAUGCUUAACAUACCAAAAUAAACCCUGGGUUUCUGCAAUUAAAACCUAAUUUUGUGGUAUGGGGUAAAACAGAUGGUUUUGAAUAACUUAUUCUCUGAAAUUGAAUUUAUAACAGAUAACCUAUUCAAAACCUUUUUUAAAGAGUGCAAAACUGGUUUAUGUCUAGACUUGCAAAUGAUUUUUGUAUCAUAUAUGAAUUUGGUGUUAAGCCUAGUCCUAUUUCUUCUCUCUCUCUCAUGUUCCAUAAAUUACAGGUAACAAAAUCUCCCCCUGAGACAGUUUCACAUUCAUCUCUCAUAUAUGUCACAGCAAGAUGAAGCUGCUAGAUUAAACUGUCAACAGGAAAGUUCACUAAAAUAGAAAAGAAGCAAGUAAUAAUGAGCAAUAUUUGCUUCAUUUGAAAGUAAAGCCACAGUUCUCCAAUGUAUUUAAGAGCUACAAUCCACAGAUACAAAAAAUAUUCUAUUUCUCAUGAUAUCAUGAUAUAAGUCUAAUGAAGCACUUUUGACAAAAACAUUUCUAAAUGACAAUAAAACUACAUAAUAGCAGCAUUUAAGCCAGAAUUCCUGCACACAGCAUUCUGAUAAGCACCUGCAGUUAAUUGAAACAUAAAAUUCACACUUUUCCAUAAUAGUCUGAAAAGGUUAACGUGCCAUGCAGCUCUUAUUGUUCUUCUUUCACUGUGUAUUUUUAAUGACUCCCUUCUGGCACAAGUAUGCUGCUACUUCUUUUCUGCUGGAGGAAAAUGGAUCCAGGGAACAUUGUGCAUGUUUCCUUUUGUUCAUGUCCCCAAGACACACACACACA